GCUUAGUUUAGUUAGGAGCCAACGAGGCACUCAGCACAUUAUUCAACAUUAUGAGGUCGGAAUUUUUAAUCAUUUUUCUGUCGACAUUGGUUUUGCAGGAAGUAUCUUCUUCUCAUUCCAAUAAUGAAUGCACCCCGGUCCUCAAGGACAACUAUAAACUAGGAGUCGAAGUAAAAUCCAUGAACGAAACUAUUAAUAAAUUACUGAUUGAAAAAAGACUUGGUGAUGUUCAAAUCGAAAUAAAAGAAAAUAAUAUAAAUAAUCAAAGUGCAAUAAUUUUGGAACAAAAUAAAACAAUAGAGAAGUAUAAAGAAAGGCUCAAGGACAUUUCAAAUAUAAUUAAAUUUUGGGAUAGUCAAAUCAAACAAAAAGAUAAAGAAAUCGAGGAUCAAAAGGUUCUACUUCAGAAUAAAACUGGCGAAAUCGAAAGGAAUGAAGAAUUAUUAGAUUCAAAGAGUAUAGAAAUCUUGGACAAAACGGAAAAUAUUAAAGUGCUACAAAGGCAGAUUGACGAUUUAAGAAAUUCCACAAAUGAAGAAAUCGAAAAGAAAAAUGAAAAUAUUCAAGUGCUGCUACAAAUCAAGCAAAACCAAACAGAAUUGCUCCAAGAAAAUGAUUACCAAAUAGGUGAGAUGACAAAAACCAUUGCAGUCCUGAAUGAUAAACUUGGUAUUGCUAAAGGUAACAUAAAAAAUCUCACUGAAAUAGGUGAAACAUUAACACAAACCCUUGAAAACUUAAAAAAAAAUAAAGAAAUUGUAGAUUCAAAAUAUAAAGAUCUGGUGAAUCACUCAAAACUUACUGAUAAGACAAUCGAAGCUAAGGAUGCCCAAAUCAGUGAACUAAAUAAAACUAUUACAGAUAUGCAAAGCAGCCAAGAUUUGGCGAAUAUCAAUAUCAAGCAGAAUGUCGAUUUAAUAAAUGCACAAAAUAAUGAAAUAAUACAAAUCAAGCGAAACCAAACAGAACUGCUCAGAGGUAAAGAUUACCAAAUAGGUGAGAUGACAAAAACCAUUGCAGUCCUGAAUGAUAAACUUGGUAUUGCUAAUGGUAACACAAAAAAUCUCACUGAAAUAGGUGAAACAUUAACACAAACCCUUGAAAACUUAAAAAAAAAUAAAGAAAUUGUAGAUUCAAAAUAUAAAGAACUGAUGAAUCACUCAAAACUUACUGAUAAGACAAUCGAAGCUAAGGAUGCCCAAAUCAGUGAACUAAAUAAAACUAUUACAGAUAUGCAAAGCAGCCUAGAUUCGGCGAAUAUCAAUAUCAAGCAAAAUGUCGAUUUAAUAAAUGCACAAAAUAAUGAAAUAACACAAAUCAAUCGAAACCAAACAGAACGGCUCAGAGGUAAAGAUUACCAAAUAGGUGAGAUGACAAAAACCAUUGAAGACUUGAAUGAAAACAUUGAUAUAAAAAACAAUGAAAACAAAAAUCUCACUGAAGAACUAAAAACUUUAAAAGAAGAUCUUAAAGACUUGCGGAGUAAGUUGCAAACUGCUAAACAUGAUGUGGAAUCAAAAGACAAGCAAAUUGCUGACCUCGAAAAUCGGGCAAGUUCGGAUUCGGGACAAUUGGUUGCAGUAACCAAUGAACUACGGGAGUGCAACAGGGGAGAAACUUGUCCCAGAUCGGGUCUUUAUGCCACCCACAAACUCAAGUUGCGCGGCAUUGAGACAUUCGAAGUGCCCUGCAAUGCAAGUGGAUGGAUGACCAUUCAAAGACGAUAUGACGGCUCCGUGAACUUUAAUCGAAACUGGCUGGAAUAUAAGUAUGGAUUCGGAUCUAUAGCUGGUGAAUUUUUCAUCGGCCUGGAGAAACUUUACGUACUGACUGCUGCCCAACGAUAUGAACUCUCUGUUAAAUUUGGCAAUUUUACUACUGGACGCUUUGGCUACGCACAUUACGAUAAUUUCCAGAUUGGCAGCGAAAAUGAACUCUACGAACUAAAAUCGCUGGGAAAGUUCACUGGUUCAGUCGAAGACAUACUGCACGACAGUGUGAAUCAGAAAUUCAGCACAUUUGACCAGUUUAAUGGCCGCUAUAUUACAAAUUGUGCUUCCGAUGGAAAUGGUGGUUGGUGGUACGAAAACUGUUGCAAAUGUUCGCUCAAUGGAAAAUACCAUGAGAUUGGUAAUGUUGAAAUUAUGAUUAGGCCUGUUUAAAUGUAUAUCUUUAUCAUAAUUCGUAUAUAGGAA